AUGGCCCAUGCUGAGGCCCCACCACAGCUGGCUGAACAGCAGCCUCCACUUGCCUCUGCUCCUGCCACUGCAGGUUUAGCAGGGGGUCAGAGGGUCUCCACGGAGGGAGACCUGGAAUGCCUGGUGUGUCGGGAGCCUUACAGUUGGGUGCGUCCCCCCAAGAUGCUGGGCUGCCAGCACCCCUUCUGUGUGGUCUGCUUAAAGCUCCUGCUGUGUGUCCAGGAUGACAGCUGGAUCAUCAUCUGCCCACUAUGUCGCCAGGUCACCGCUGUCCCUGGAGGCCUCAUUUACAGCCUUCGAGAUCAGGACGCUAUAUUAGGACAGUUGGCCCAGUCUUGUGCAGAGGUGCGGCUCUGUCCCCAGGGCCUCGUGGACCCCAACACCUCAGUAGCAGGGCUCCGUAGCUUGGAGGAAGAGGAUGGACAGGAUUCGGCUAGUGCCAACCGUGUGGCAGCUCGUCGCCUAGCUGCUCACCUGCUCCUUCUGGUCUUGCUAAUCAUUCUCAUCCUGCCCUUCAUCUACCCGGGAGUCAUCCAGUGGGUGCUUACCUUCAUCAUCGCCCUGGCCCUGCUGAUGUCCACCCUCUUCUGCUGUCCCCCUAGCAGCCAGAGCAGCUGCUGUGUCCUGCUUUGGGGACCUAGGAGUUUCUGCAGCGAGCAGAAAUCCAGUGAGGUCUCAUCCAUUGCCUGA